GCCACCUUUGUUACACUAAGUGAUGCUGGCAAACGGGAAGCAGUGCUCAUCACCUCAGUUUAUUGCCACUCUGAGGUCACAAACGGUCUUCGAAAAAUCUGAUGUCCAGCUCAGCUGUACAGUAUCAGGUUUCCCAGAGCCAGUGGUAACGUGGUACAAGAAUGGCAGAACCCUUACAGAUUUAGGAGGAUGUGCUCAAUGCGAAACCUUAAUGGACGGCUACAUCCACACGCUUCACUUGAGCAAAUGCGCAGAAAAGGAUGCUGCAGUUUACCAAGUGUCUGCACAAAACACUCAAGGCAUAAUAAGUUGCUCUGCAGUGUUGGAAGUGGGUAAUUUCAAAAGAAUGCACAUUUUCAAAACAUUGUUCCAACAUACACAGAGUAACAACAAUCCUCCACUUGAACCAGGAAUCAACACUAAAGACAAGCCCUCAAUGAAAACAGAAAAGGAAAGCCGUGAAGAUUCUGAUAAGGAAGGAAGCUCCAUAGCAGCUUUUACUAAUCGUUUAUCACAGAUGUCCCUUAAUGAGGAGCAGCCAUUGGAUGAACCCAAUAUCUAUGCAGAUAUUGUCAAGAGGACAAGCACUACAAGUAAUAGCCGAGAUUCAGUGCAGGAAGAGGAGCUCACAACUGCACUGCAGAUUAGUAGAGAGAGCUCAUUUAGAAUGAAUGAUCAGCAGGCAUCUUUCAGUUAUCUAGGGAAAGAUGGCGUCAUUUGCAGUUCCCAGCUUCCAGAAGCUAAGACAUACCACAAACUUGAAGAAAGUGACUUGGCAGAACCUGUUGCUACAAAUGAAACACCUGUUGGCUGCAGAAAAAUGGCUGACGUAAAUAUAGGCAGCCAGACUGAAUACCACCCAGAGACCAAUUCCAAAAAUGGUUUGUGUGUUCCUACAGAGCUGGCUGUUUCUGAGCACUGUGUCACAGAUGAUGACUUUCGUUGUGAUCAUCCAGAAGAUUUUGAAUGUUCUGACCACAUGACGGAAUAUGCCAAUUCAGUCUGGCAGGCAAGGCUGCAGGGAAUUGAGCUGCCAACUUUAAAAGAAAGUGACUACCCUGAUGAUGUACUAAGAUUAAGAAAGGGCCACGGUGUCAACAGCACAGAAAAGCCAACACAGGCCAGGGUAUCAAAUGACAGCUCAGAUAUGGAGGCAACCAAUGGCCUCGCUCGAGAUAUGUUGAGGGCAGAAGAGACAUCUGUUCAAGAAGCCCCAUCUAAAGACUGCCAGCCUGGAAAACACGCAGACAUGGUGCAUAUAGUCACGGCCCACCAGGAGGACUUGGCUACAAUAAAAACACAAGAGCUUACAGCCAUUGCCAUUAAAAACAAAGCAGAAGAAAGGAACUGUUUGACUGAACAGAAGCAGGAGGAAAUGAGGGGUGGCCUUGCUGAAACAUCCAUGGAGAGAGAGAGAAUGGACUCCACUUCUAAUCUGAAAGUAUAUGCCAAAGAGGUAAGCUUGGAAAUAGAACUUGUAGCAAAGGAUAAACGAGGGCAGGAAGAAAAUCUCUGCCACAAAGAAGAGGAGGAGCGCGUUUGCAGUUAUUCUAUUAAACAGGACACAGAGAAGAUGGGACAUCCAGAUGCUUUUAUCACUAAAGAAAAACACAUCAGCCUCACCCGUGGAUCUGAACAAAGUCCAGGCAUUGCAGUGCAAGAGAACGAUCAGCUUCAACAAAAGGGGAGAGCGUCUGACUGCACAUCAGAGUGGGACGAGCGCACCCUGGCAGACAAGCAAGCAGCCCCAAGUGAACAGCAUGGCGCAGAUGUCUCUGACGCGACAAGGCCAAAAACACACCAUCAUAAAGUUUCAGAUUCCAGUGAUAUGCAUGGAGAUGCCCACCCUGUUAGCCAUUCAGAAGAGAGCACCAUGGAAUCAGGGGAGCAAACCUCCUUUUUAACAAAGAACAAAAUAGAACAGAUGAUUCAUCGGAAUUCACACAGCAAGGAAUAUAAAGUGAGUGACCAGCUACAGCGUCUCUUAGAUAAUUUACAGCAAGGAAAGCCUGAAAAAACAGUGGUCACCAAUGAACCUGGUACACCUACUCUUGAUCUCAGGAUUGACAACAAGAUACUGAUAACCCAGAAAUCUGAUUAUGAUAGUGACGUGAACCUUCAACUAACAGGGAGCCUUGACACAGAAGGGCCAAAGAAACCAUGGGAGAGCUUAAAAGACUCUGACAAGUUUAGCAAAGACCAUAAGCAGUUAUGUGCUGACACUCAGGUGGAAGACACUACAACUCAUUAUGGGCUGUUCAAGCCAGAUACGUUUUAUAGCAAGCAAGACAUCAUCCCAAAAUUAGAGUCGCUGUACAGAAAUCACUCUGGAUGCUCUUCCAUUAAAGGAGAACACUUUAACAAAUCUAGUCUCUACAAUGAUGUAAAUGCUCAGCUUUCAGAAACUUCAGAGGAGAAAACACCUAGGACUACAAGUGCGCCUCUCAAUGAAAUCACAGCAAUGAAAGAACUUAAGAUAGACAAAAACAAUGAUAACAUUGAAAAUGAAAUGUUAGGAGACAUUUCACAGCAUUUCAAAGCAGAAAAACUAAGGAAAACGCAGAGGGAUCCUAUAAAAGGUUUAAAAAACGAUCAAAAUUUAAAUUGCAGUCCACACACAAUUCAAUCUCAGAGUAACAAAAGGAGCUCUAGGAAUUCAUCUAAACAAAAGGGAGAUUUAACGUUUUUACCAGGUUUGCAGUUCAAUACACAGGAGACAACAAAAGAAGAACCACAGUGUAGCCCUCCACAUAAAGACCUAGUCCAAACUGAAAUUUUAAAGAAUAUAAAACAUGAGAGUAUGGCAGUAAUUCAAUCUGCUUCACCAAAUUGUUGCAUAAAGUUCACUAAUCCAAAAUGUAUCUACCCUCCUUUCUCAGAGACUUCUCUUGGUGAUACUCAGAUGUCCACAAAGGAUGAUCAUUUGUCUGCAUAUGAUAAAACAUCGUCAUGUAAAAAAUCACAAGCUGUAAAGUGUCCUAAUAAGACUUCUUAUUAUUUUAAAGAUUUAGGGGAAAACAAGGCAGCGGCUGAACUGGAACCCACAAUACAAUCUACAAAAAUAGGAAAUUCCAAAUUUAAAGUCAUUACAAUGAACAUUGGGAACACAAAUGACAAAGUCUCCAUGCAGAAGGAGACAAAAUCCAAACAUGCUUCACGGAAAUCAGAGCUUCAGAAUCCUGAGAAUGAUACUAAAAUGACAGGUGUACCGGUACAUCUCCAGGAAGAGAGGCCAACAAGUACUUCCCGGAAAGGCACAGUUCACAUUAAGCAUCCAUCAUCAAGGUCUAGCUCUAAAGAAUCUCAGCCUGCCCUGGCUAAACCCGCCCUUGAAAUUUCUCAACAGAAGUGCCAAAAACUAGAAAGACAAUCAAGCGACUUUGAUUCUUCAUGUGGCACAAAAAAAGAACAAAGUCUGAAUAAGUUAACCGUCGGAAAAGUAAAAUCCACGGCAAAAUCAAAAGUCAAAUUACCCAAAGAAUUUCAAGAAAGUAAAGUAUCUCCUGCAAAAGAAGCGGAGAAUGUUGAGCAAACUGGCUCAAAACUCAAAGGACAAACUGUGCCUUCAACACAACUUCAUGAUAAAGCUUCUGCCAGCAAUUGCUCAGUCGUAAAAAAUGCAAACCUUGUUAUAGACUGUGCCCAUUCAAAUGAUAUGGGCAUCCCCUUAAGAACACAAGGAAAAAUCAUGUCAGAGCAGGAAAUCUUACACUCGGUGGGUGAAGAGACGCCCGCUGUCCCUAAGCCACAUGUGCUCCAGGGUAGUGAAGAACUCGCCAAACAUGUGCGUGUCCCAGAUGACAAAACCACGGCAGGCCUAGUAGACAAGAAAACACAGAAAAAGUGCGUGGGAGGAAAUGAACACAUCGAGCUGAAGAAUAAAGAAUGUCAAAGAGCCGCUGGACAGACAAGUCACAAGAAACAUCAUCAAGAUGAAAUGCAGACCCAGAAACCACCAGGAAACCAAGAAGACAAAGCUCCUAUACUUCUCCAGAAUAUCCAUGCAGAAACAUUUGCCAAUGAUUCUGGAAACAUCAAACUUUGUUGCACGUUCAGCCACAUCUGUGCAGACUCCACUAUAAAAUGGACUAAAGACUCCAUGAUUUUGGCUAAAAUACAACGCAAGGCAGGAGAUGAGAGCCCAGUGUCUCUGGCCAUCGUUCAGGCAACAGCCAAAGACCAGGGGGUGUACCAGUGCCAGCUGAAGAACAGCUGUGGCAAGGCGUCUUCAGAGUUUAACCUGACCACAGAAGCACUGAAUAAUCUCAUACGUCAAAAGAACCUUGAAGGAGGAGAAGAAAUUACAUUUGCACAGCUGAUGUUUCGUGAAGAUUUUCUCAAUGACCAAUAUUUUGGAGAUAAUAAGCCUGGCUGUAUUGUGACGGAAGAAGUGCAUUUUGGGGAAGGAUUACACCGGAAAGCUUUUCGGACUACUGUUAUCAACGGCCUUGUGCCUGUUUUUAACCCAGGACAUCCUUGUGUCUUAAAAGUGCAUAACGCCAUUGCAUAUGGCACCAAGACAAAUGAUGAGCUCAUCCAGAAGAACUACAGGCUUGCAGUACAGGAAUGCCAUGUUCAAAAUACAGCAAGAGAAUAUAUUAAAGAAUACAGAACUGAAGCAACAAAUACGGAUUCCUUUGGUGAAGUCCCAGACAUCAUUCCGAUCUAUCUAAUCCAUCGCCCUGCUAAUAAUAUUCCAUACGCCACUCUGGAGGAAGAACUGAUUGGAGAAUUUGUCAAAUAUUCGGUGAAGGAUGGCAAGGAGCUGAAUGUGAUGAGAAGAGACUCAGAUGCUGGCCAAAAGUGCUGCACCUUCCAACACUGGGUCUUUCAGAGGACAGGCGGCAACCUUCUCGUCACUGACAUGCAGGGUGUUGGAAUGAAGCUCACUGAUGUUGGAAUAGCAACCUGCGGCAAAGGGUACAAAGGAUUCAAAGGGAACUGCGCCACUUCAUUUAUUGACCAAUUUAAAGUCCUUCACCAAUGCAAUAAAUUCUGUGAACUCAUGGGGCUGAAGCCUUUACUGAGCAGCCAGCCAAAAACAAGAAAAAUGGCUGCAGCAAUAGUAAAAACUAAGGUGCAGCCAAUGCCAAAGAAUCAUUUCUUCCCACCUCUCAGCAAAAAUAAAGCAUAAUGGAGGAAGAACUAAUGCUGGGAAUACUCUCAGAGCUAAAUGACUCUUCUGAAAAAGAAAUGUUUUGCUGUAUCAGCAUGAAAUAGGUCUUGGAGGUAACUGGCGCUUUGGUGUCAUCUAACGUUGAAACAGACAGCCGUCCCAGUCAUCUCAUUUUUUUACUCUGUGUAGCCAGCAUUGUGUUCAUGACGAGGCUUUUCUGACGUUUUGCAAAGAGUUUCCUGCAUGCACUAGAAAAAGAGCAUCCAUAAGAGGGGCUGAGGGAUUUUAUCGGUUUGAAAUAACCGCAGUCGUCAUUACUGGAACGUGAAUGGAGGUUUGUUGUCAAGACACUUUUUAAAAGUGCUUUAAGCGUCUGCGAAUGGACAACAUAUAACAAUAUACUGUAUAAAAUAUGUGACAGAAAUGUAUCCCCCAUCCUUGCACUCUUUGCUGCCAUGUUGGGCUCUCAUUAUGUAUCACAAGUGUGUUAGGGAAGUCCACAAAUUAUUUUUUUUUGUAUUUUUCGCAGUGUUGGAAUUGUUAUUUUUAUUUUGUGACGCCAUUUUGUGGUCAGUUUUCCUUGUGGGCUCUGCCAUCUUACACGUCAUUUUCAUGGACACAGCCAUAUUCUUGUUGAUGAUGUCCAUUGCCAGUCUCCUAAAUACUUGGCGUCAGAACAAUUUGACAUCGUCAUGCUGCUACUAUAAAAGAUGAUGGUGAACUCGGUGUCCAAUUUUUGAAAUGGCUAAAUUAAAACAACAGUUUUGUGAGAGGAGAAAGGAAAAUAAUAAAGAGAUUAUAGUAGGAGACAUUUUUGGUUAAGCUUAUUCAACAAAUUUUUGUUUUGACCUUUUUUGCUCAGUUACUUGUGUUACUGUAGUAAUAAACAUUUUUAUACUGUU